AUGCAGUGCCUAGGUCAAUUUGCAAUCCAUCAACGGUGGCUUGCCGAAAACAACCUACCGGAAGGAGGAGUGCCUUUAUCUCUGGUUCCGAAGCCAGAGCCAUCACCAACAGAGCACUUGCACAAGAAGCUUGAUCGGUUGGUUGGCAGACUGAAGCUGUUGGAACCACGCAAGGCUGCUAAGUGUAUGAAGCGUCUGAUUGUCCAAAGCCAGCUGAUGUUGCGUCAAAAUUCAAAUAGUCACAGGACAGUCAGCCUCUGGUGUUGGAUGGCAACCGCAACCAACCACAGUGUCGUUCGACGUCAAACGGCGCUGUUCCCUGUGGUCUCUGCGGCCAGCCAACUGACCCUGCUGAUUGAUGGUGUCAACGUAAUCGACUUCCAUAUCACCGUUAUUGCUGCGGCAAUGAGCCCUGCUCGCUGUGUGGAGAAAAUCUUCAGGCGCGUCCGCCAGGGAGCAAUUUGCGACUUCUGCGAAGGUUGGGUUUGUCACAGUUCCAACUGCAUCAACACACACUGCUGUGGUUGUCCAAUGAGAGAUGCUGUGUGCAUUGAAUGCGAUCGAACUUGGCAAGAGCAUGGUGGUCGAAUGUUUGAAUGCGCCUAUUGUCAGCGGACACUGUGUGAGGACGAUCAGUUCGAGCAUCAGGCUAGUUGUCAGCGUCUCGAGGCUGAAAGCUACAAAUGUCCCUCCUGCAACCGUCUUGGUAGCAACACGUGUCUGCGUUGCAAAGUGACUUUCUGUGACGACCAUGCGAAGCGCAAAGGAGUUAAAUAUGAACGUGGAAAGGCGAUCCCCUGUCCCAAAUGUGGUCACGGCCUAACGGAUAGCUACAGUCUCAGUGUAUCAACACGAUCCUACGAAUAUGGCCGACAAACAUGCCCCGACGAAGAUUCGGAUAACGAGGGAAAUUAUUAUUACUCCGGGUUCUCAAGUAUGGCUGACAACCGAUCAUCAGCGGAAGAGGAUGACCCAUCUACGGAAUCUGAUAAGACCAGUACCGAUGAAUCGGACAAAAGUGACACCGAAACCUGUGGAGAAACUGUUCGGCUAAAACAAUUGGAAUUAAAUGCCGAUUGA